AGUAGUAUUAUUUAUAUACCGUAAUCGGAGACUGAAAAUGAGAAAGUUUGUGGUGAAGUUGUAGGACUUGGACACUUUGUUGUUCGUCGUCGUUAUGGACGAUGGUGAGCGAGAGCAAGCACACAACUGGCUGCUCGCUGACGACAACAGACUCUUCUUUCUCACCUUCUCUUCACUCGCCCUCGCUGUUGCCUCCAUCUUGCUCUGGCGGGCAAAGUACGUGGACAACUAUCCCGUGAACGACAAUCCCGACUCCCAGCAAGCUCAUUCCAUCCUCACCGCCGCUCUUUCAACUUUUCAUAUUGCUAGUCACAGUACUCCUGGUGAGUUCGAUAUGACUGUCCCAGAGAAACCGGGCACUCCGGAAGCAGCCACUUCAGCCACCACAGAGCUCGAGCAGAAGGCUUCCCGGUCCAAGGAGCGACGCAGAAGAGGAAAAGUCCCGUAUAAGGAGAUUAUUAAGGGCGGGAAGAAGACAAAGUCUACCCCAAAGGCCACUCAGUCUAAACUACCCGCUCACAGUCGUAGCGAAUCACCGGCUCUUGAGAUAGAGUCCAAAUCCUCCUCAAGUAGCGAUAAUAUCGUGCCAGUCGCGCCAUCCACUUCGUCUUUAGCUUCACCUGCUUCGGAUCUCCCUGAAGAACAUCUGGUAUCCCCUCUGAGCGCAGAAUCACCCCCGGCGGGUGAACCACAUGAGGACCGUUCCCUACCUGCUUGCAUGACGGCAUCCAGUUCUGAACCAGCAUCCGUUUCGCGUCACAAUACAGUCACGUCCCAUAACUCCGCCAUGCGCACUUCACGUUCUGAGCAUACGCAGCUGCAUGACACGGUCGACAAUGUACAACCUGCCAGCAGCCCCUGUCACGAUGAUCCCGCUCCCUCCAUUCCAGAAUUAUCUUCUCCAACCACCUCCACAGCGCCAUUGUCAGAAGAUCAUGAUAGUCAUGAACGUAUAUCCUCAUUCACUUCCUACUCUCAAUCUCAGUCUAUGCCACUCCACGCAUCCACAUCUACCCACGCGUUGGAUUGGGAUGGACAAUCACAGGCAUACACAGCAGACGCUCUCACUAAGCCUCCACGGUUAACGCCUAAGCAGCGUGGAGCUGAUAAGUCCAAUGGGAGUUGCGCGAUUUCGACCUCUAUCUCGCACAGUGCCCUCUUGGCAUCCUCAUCAGCCUCUCACUCCAUUCCUCCGGCACGAAUCACGGUAUCCAACUCUGCAUCCGCAUCCAGUUCCCCCUUGUACCCAAAUCCGGGAUCGACUAUUGGACUACCGCCAUCUCCCUCCGGCUCUUCCCCACAACCUGCUCCUUCGCCAACACUUCCACAUUUUACAUUUCCCACUUUGAACCCUCUUCAAGCGUCUCCUAAUGAUCACACACAUACCCAUUUGAACACAAUUGAAAGUCCAAUCAUGAACGGAAAGAAAGCGGCUGGCCCCCCAAUACCAAGUGCUUCGCGAGGCUCGACGCCCCCACCAGGGGUAUCUGUUCAUACUGCACACAUAGGUUCGCCUGCUGGCCCAUUGAGUGCUCAAACACAGCUCGCAUCCAUGCGUGGUGCACUUGAGGCUGCGAGACUACGAGAAGAGAAGGCCCGUGCAGAGGCUGAACACUUGGGAAAAGAGAACGAAGAGUUAAAGUGGCGAUGGAAUGAGGAUGCAAUGGCUUGGAGGAGGAGAGAAGCCGAGCUACAGGCCCAAGUCCAUCAUCUCAUGCAGCAGCUUCAGGCCGCAUAUUCCGUUCUUACAACCUUGCAAACCCAGGCGCAAGCUCAAGCACAAUCUCCCGCACAGUCCUCCUCAUCUUUCUCGUCUCCCCCAUCCCCUUCCCCACGCCUGCAUCCUCACAGCCCCAGUCUCUCGCACAACGGCCUUCCCCCAACUUUCAGCCACAAUCCACCCGCACACGUUCAAGCACUUCUUGCAUCAUCCUACCACCCAUACCCCGGCUUUCCAGGCGCUUAUGGCGGUACAGGAAUGUCGCCCUUAUUUUUCUCGGGUCUCAGAAUGACCAUGAGUCCGGGAAGCAGCGUGAGGAAUGGAAGUGCAGGCGGAGGAAAAGAUCAAUAUACCCCCGAUACGUCUUCUUCAGUAGGGUCAUCGCCAUCGCGUGGAAGGCGACGACGACGCGGUUCCGAAUCUUCCUCUACUGAGGAGAAUAUUGGCGAAGGCAUCGUUAUCAGCGAAGCAGAAGAGGACCAAGAGGACAUAUGGCAGAAUAGUAUAUUGGCAGAUGCGAUUCUAAAGCGGCCUGAAAGCCUGCGCGUGCCCAGUCGAGGGAGUCUUCGAUCGGAUGGACGCAAGAGUGCUAUGGGGGGCGGGACGAGUGGGAAAGAGGACGCAGGGCGUGUGCCUAGCCGGAUGAGCGAGAGAUCGGAUGCUUCUACGAGCGGAGGCAGUUAUGGGAUGAGUAUGUCUAGCUUGUCGUGGGGUAAGAGCGAAGAUGAGGCAGGUGGUGUUGUUGGAGAGGGUGGUUCUACUUCCGCAGAAGGUACAACAGCUGGCGGAGAGGGUACGUCAGAUUCCAAUGCACCGACACACGACCCAUCAACGCUAGCUCCUGCGAAAGACGUUCAAUAACCCCGAAGGCUGGUAUUUGACUUAUAACGUAUUCUAUCCCUCUCUGCACCCGUCCACGUUUCUUCCACCACUUUCGUUUCUUCCUUACGAUACGAUCCAUGGGGACUUGAUUUUUGACGUCAGCCUGUAUAAUAAGGUAUACUUUCUUAUUGUCAUAAUAGUUGAGGCUUUAAAUCUGGAACUGCUGAAGUCUACUUGUUCUUAUGUAUGCCCCUGAGUCGGGCCCCUAUUUUCGACCUAAUGCACAUACCACCGUCAGGUCCAGGAAGACCGGAACUGCCCCUCUAAACGCCCGAACGAGUUUGAUGCG